AUGCUCGGGGGCAGGAAUUCGCCUCGCACACAGCCAGACGACCCCCCUGGCGCACCACACCCCUCCACCCAGUCAAAGUCACCCACAUCCUGCCUCUCUCCCACCACCCGGCCCCAACACCAGGCGGACUACCCCGUCGAUGUGGCGGUCGUGACCGUCAGCCGCGGCCGCUCCCUCCUGCGGGACUCCCACCACAUCGUCCUGCCCCUAGCGCCGCAGCCCGCCGCCGCGGCGCCCCCCGACGCGGCCGGCGGCGCGCCCCCCGCGGCAGCCGCCGCGCCCGCCCUGUGUGCUGCUGAGCUGGAGGGUGUGCGCGACUAUCUGGCGUUCGCGCGCUGCCUGCAGUGCCAGCUGGACGAGGCGGCGGCGGAGCGGCUGGCGGCGGCGUUUGGGGAGGCGGCGCGGGCGGAGCCGGGGUUCAGCAUGGAGCGCUUCAACACCUGCGUCACGCUCGCCAAGCUGUUGUCGCUGUCUGCUGGCCGCGACCGCUUUGACAUGUCCUCGUGGGACCGCGCCAUGGAGCUGGAGGCGCGCAGGAGGGAGCGCGUCGCCGCCACAAUGCCGCCCGCGCCCGCGCCCGCUACCGCGGCCGCGCCUCAGGCGGCGCCUGCGGGCGCUGUGGCGCUGUGA